UAUUCUUACUGUUUGUCAUUCUUUCUGUGCUGAAGUAUGUGACACUUUGUUUUAGCAGCAUUCACUGAAUUUUGAGUAAAUCCCUAGAAACUGUAAGGAUAACUCCAGUGGUGCUAAUAUUGAUUGUAUGCUCUUAUUUUUAGCCUGUACUGUAGGAUAGGAUGCCGUUAAGGGAAGUCUGAGAAGACUGACAGGUCUCACUUUUAUUGCUUUGGAUUUCUAGUUUUUCUUGAUGUUUCAGUUCUUUUAGGGCAUUCUUCAGAGCUUCAGACAACUUUGUCCUCCUUUCUGGCUGCAGGUCUGACUGCAGGUAAAAGCUUGCUUAACUGAACUGUGAGCUGCUUCUCUGCUAUCUCGAACUAAAUUUAACCCUGCUUUCACUUUCAGUAUAUUUAUAAACACUUUCCUCCUCAAUAUUGUCUUGCUACUUCAGUAUAGAUUUGGCAUUCACUUUGACUUUCUCUACUCUGCUAUGGCUCACUGAUAGAUAAUGAGUAAUUAUGCAAUGGUCUUUUCAGGAAUAUGGAAAGCAUGAAAAAAUGACAGCUUUGAGCAGCUUUUACUCAUACUGUGAGCAGCAGGAGAAACUGUCUGACUGGUGAAAGCAAGUUCCAGCACAUAAGUGCACUGAACAAAACUCCAGUGCUUAGAGCUGUGGGCUCUGAGUGGGCUGUGUGUGUGUGGGGGGGUGUUCCUCUUAAUUCGGUUAUAUCUGUUAACUUCUAGUGUAGUGGUUGUUGCCAGAAGCUUUUAAUUUCCUGCUAAUUUAAUUGCUGUUCCUUUCAGAAUGACAAUUCAGUAGUCACUACCACUUCUCAAAAACAAGUAUCUUGAUAUGUAUAAGCUGGGCUUCUUUUGCUGCUUAUAGGGACCUAAAAUUAAAGCAUACACUUUUAUUUUUGAGUCAUAAUCAACUUUCUUUGAGGUGAAAAAAUUAGAACCAUCACUUGUUUAUUACCCUUGCAUCAGGUAGCAUGAGCUUUCCCUCCAUCCUCUGUCUGUGCUUUCUGUGCUGUAAAAACAGCAGUACAGCCUACCUCCAGGAGGGUCAUAAAUCAAUUGUGGAACUUGUUUUAAUCAACAAACACCUUUGUCUUACCAUCGGCCCUUCAGUGCAAGUCACUUAAUACAUCAAAUUAAUAGUGGCUAAACAUUAUGUCUUAAUCCGGAUUCGAUCUGGCACUAUAUAGAAAUUCAGUUCUUAUAAAACUGCAUACUUCAUUGUUGAUGAAAUUGUUUCAGAACUGGAUGUCUAUGGACACAAAUAACUACACUGACUAUUGUAGUCACCUAACUUGGAUGAAAUUCAAGUAUCUAAAAUUAGGAGACUUGGUUUCCUGAACUAUAGGUGUUUUCUCGGUAUGAUUCAGAAUCAUAAGGCCAAUGCUUAAAAAAAGCAGGGAAUACUUCUCAAGAGCAGUCACAUGGCAAGAGGAGAAAGACCUGUGGGCAUGAAAAGAAAUGGUUUAAUUGUAGGAGUAGACUUAAUGUUGUCAGUGCUCUUUCUUAUUUUGAUAGGUAAGUGGAACUGCUUAUUGUGUUAUGAGGUUCUUGCUCUGCAUCUGCAUUGUAUAAAGAGCUCAUCUGACAAAAUGGGUAAACUGGACAACGGAAGUUAAUUUAAUUCAGAAUCCAAGUGAGCAAGUCAGUCUUCUAAUGUUUCUUACUUAAUGUUCUGUCCUAGGACAGUGUUCACUCAAGCUUAAAGAUGAUUCAGAUUCAGAUUGGAGAGGGACAGCAGCUAAAGAGAUGCUCGGUUUGGAAUAUUUCUGAAAGCAUAUAAAAGUCUGUAGAGUCUGCUGCCAGCUUCGCCUGGUCUUUCCCUGCUUUUCUGUGAAAAUGAGAGGGUUUCCUUGCAAUUUACAAGGUAGAAAUCUUCUUGCAAGUAGUUUAUUUACUGUGACAUUAAGGGCAACAGCUGGUCCUGCAAAAACACAUGUUAAUCACUCCCUUACAAGAUCUGUUUGAACAGAUUUUUUGAAAUUUGUAUUUCAGGGGGCUAAUUCUGCACAAGUUUCUGUAGGCCAGAAGAAGAGGAUUUGAUAGCUAUUUAUUGCAAGUGCUUAGCAGGAGCAAUGUGACAGUUCCCUGAUCUGCUUGCUGUGCCGCACAGCAGGUUCCUUGAUUCAAGUUCCUUCACGAUGACUCUUUAUUCAGUGUGCUUAAUUUUUAAAUUGUACCUAAGAUGGAAGCUAAGUGUAAUUCUCCAGUUGUGUGAAAUUGUUCUUACCUUCUGAAAAAUACUGUAAUUUCUUGUUUGCUUGUAUCUUUCAAAUCUAUUUUACCUUACCUGUUUCCUGUAUGUUAUGCAAAUGUAGGUCAAGGAUCUGCUCUUCUGUUGCGUAAAGCACACUAUGUAUUUUCAGAAUCUUGUGUCUACAGACUAGGCACAAGAUUCAAGUCUGCUGCAAGGCAGAGCAGCACAAUCAUGCUGAAGCUGAUGAGCUUUUGCUUAGUAAUUGUGAAUUGACAACAGAUGCUAUUCUUACUGCUAACAUGGCCUUUUCAAGUCUGCAAGUAAAACAGUUCUCUUCCACAUCCAAUAGUGGAGGACCCAUAAACUGAUUUCCAUCUGCAUUCUGUUUGCUGACAGGGCAUUUGUCUGUAAUCGACUACUAAGCACUAGAUAGUGUAGGACUCAUAAUGAUUAUCUUUCUUCUCCGUAUCAUGUUGCAAGAGUAACAGUCCAGUUGGCUUCCUCCACAUUCAGUCCUCAGCUUAAUGUGCCCUUGCUGAAAGGGCAUUUAUUGGCAGAAAGGUCAGAGCUCUGGAGUUAACUCUGCUCUACCAAAAAAAAAUGUUUUAUGGUAGUUUAGUUUGCACUGAGCAAAUGGGCUCUUAAAAGCUGUUUGGCUCCUUUGUUUUCUUCCCCCACCUAGAUCCUACCUACCGUUGGUUCUUCUGUUCUUAUCAUCCCCUCAACUGACUGUUCAACUCCACUUGGAGCACUAGGCCUCUUGAGAUGAAAAGAUUGUACACUUUCAGUUGUAAACACUUUAUUAAUGCUACAUAUUGAAUGUAACAGGGAAGCAGCCACUUUGUUUUUUUAAGAAAGAGUAUUAAAUUACAGUUCUUGGGGAACAAAUGAAAGGCUUUAUUUCCUCUGUGACAAAAAAUACCAGUCUAAAUUACACAUUUGUAGUGAGCAGAGCAAAUCCCACUACUUUUCAAUCCAUGUUUGUGGUUUUAAGCUACAACUAAUCUUUCCUUGUCACUGACACCUGUGGUUUUCCUCUGUUAAAUAUUCGAUUUGGAAAGAAAAACAUGUGAGGUGACUUCCGCUCUUUGACUCUAAAACUAAGUCUAUUCAUUUUUAGUAGGAGUGUACUGCAUUCAGCCUUCUAAGUCAGCUUCUGGAUAAAGUAGCUAUUUCCCUGCUGGCUGCUGCAUUCCAUGUGGUUUCUGCAUUCCAAAGCAAAUGUUAGGUGCUUAGCAACCUGUGCCUGUACAUGAGUUCAGAGAGCAGGAAAUGUGACUUGAAAUUAUACAGAGUAUUAGGCUGCAGAAGAUAUUUUAGGGGUUUUUAUAGCAGUAGUAUUCUGUGAAUAUGAAGAAUUUUUUUAAGUGAUCUCACUUUUAAUUUGUUUCCACUGUUAGACUGUAGAGAAUGGAAAAAGUAUUGAUGUGAUUUAAACCACUAAUAGGAAAUACUAACUAGCUAUCUCUAGUGAGUUUUUUUUAACCGUACUUGGGAGAAAGGAAGUACUGAAAAACCCAGAGCUGCAGAAUAUAGAAGCAGUUGGUGCUUUUCUCUUUGAAGGCUGUGGCAAUACCUAUCAGAUAACCUUGCUUCUAAUUAGAACUGUACAGUAACGUUUGUCAAGAAGAAAUACUAAGAACAGAAAACAAGUGUUAAAAUCAGUCACUUGUACUUGGCACUUCUUUAAAUUUUUGUUUUAGAAUUAAAUGCAAUCUUGUCAUCUUAAUCAUUCUGUUGAAAAGAUCAAAAACUCCUGGGUUUUGUGCUUCUUGUCUUGUUGAAAUGUCAGAAAUUAUUACUCUGGGUGCCAGCAGUGAUCAGUGUAGCUGGCAUAGAAGCUGAAUGGAGAAUCUGAGAACAGAUGCUCCCUUCACUCAUGGUGCCUUCACAGGUGCUUGGCAUGCAGGUUUAGUAAUUAACCUUUUUACAUGAGGCAUCUCUUAGGACAAGCUGGAUAGGCAGUGACAUGCUGAUAGGUUAUCUGAAAGAACCAUCUCUUCAUGCAUUUUUAAAAAAACAAACCCCAGAAAUACUCUGCUAAGUUGAAUGUCGGUCAACUGCAUACUUAAAAGUAAUAUCCUUCCUAAAUACUGUUUUAGCACCAUCUCAAAAUGUUUUUUUCCAGUUUUUGUCCAAAAACUAUUACAGCAUGUCAAGUGAAGGAGAUAACUUGUGUCAUGUGAUGAAUGAUGAUAUUUAAAGCAUGAAACAUCCUUGUAAGUCGUCUUGCUCUUAAUUCUUCUUCCUACCUAUGAAACAUUGUAUCACUCCUAUUUUAAGUAAGAUCAUAUGCUUAGAAACCCAGGUGGGAAAGUUUAAGACCUGGUAGUUAGUACAUGAUGUUGCAACAAAAUACAGGGGCUGCACAUUUGAGCUACUUGGGGCCCUGACAGAGUAGGAAAACAGUAAGCCCACUUGGACAAUGCUGGCAGAAUGGGCUGCCACCACACUAAACUGAGAGCAUUUGCUGUUAGUCUUCCUGCCCAAUUUGCUUCCAGUCUCUUUCAUACAACAUUUGGAGUUGAUUGCUGCUUUACCUUUUCUCUCACUCUUGUAGAGGCUUUUGCUCGAUCUCUUCAGCAGCCAUUUCAUACGAUUUCUGGAGGAAGUUUGUGUGGAGAGGAAUGCAGAUUUCAGGUGGCAUCAGAACUGAAGUGGGGGGAGCACGGAGUGUCACCCAGAGUCUCCAGUACAUCUGGACAUAACUGAGAAGUGGAAAAAAAGGAAGAGAACUUUUAUCCUUGUUGCAGAAAUUACUUCCUGAGACGCAUCUAAAGCCCUUCCACCUUUUGAAAGUAAGAGAUGCUGUUUGUUUCAUUGAGCUUAUGGACUGACGAGUUCAUGUGAAUUGACAGAUCAAGCCAAAGGAGGAGGUUUUCAACAGGGAUCAUACUAUGGACUGUUGCACACAAACUCUUAGUCACUUAGCACCCAAGAUGUCCAUUGCCUGCAGUAAGCUGCUGUUCCUCCUGACAGGAAUAGUUUGUAUUACCGAGUUUCUUGCUGUACCAUCCCCUCUUCAGAAAGAUCCUAAGUGUGGGCAGAAAUUUCAUGAGACAAAACCGUGGAGUUACUUUAACCUUUUCACACGGAUUGUUGGGGGAAACCAGGUGAAACGAGGCUCACAUCCAUGGCAGGUUUCCUUGAAACGAAGGCAAAAGCAUUUCUGUGGAGGCACCAUUGUUUCUGCUCAGUGGGUGGUCACGGCAGCUCACUGUGUCUUGGACAGGAAUCUACUCCAGUAUUUAAAGGUCACUGCAGGAGAGCAUGAUUUGAGGAUCAGGGAAAAUGGAGAGCAGACACUCCCUGUUAAAUAUGUCAUUAGGCAUCCAAAUUUUGACCCCAGAAGACCAAUGAAUUAUGAUGUUGCCCUUCUGAAGCUGGAUGGAGCCUUCAACUUCAGUGCAUCAGUUUUGCCAGCAUGUCUUCCUGAUCCAGGUGAAAAGUUUGAAGCAGGAUAUAUCUGCACUGCUUGUGGUUGGGGCCGUCUAAACGAGAAUGGAAUACUUCCUCAGGUAUUAUAUGAGGUCAAUCUACCAAUCCUAAACAGUAAGGAGUGUUCAAGAGCAUUGUCAACUUUAAAGAAACCCAUCCAAGAUGACACUAUAAUAUGUGCUGGAUUUCCAGAUGGAGGAAAAGAUGCCUGCCAGGGAGACUCCGGGGGCCCUCUUCUGUGCCGACGUAGGCAUGGUGCCUGGACUCUAGCUGGUGUGAUCUCAUGGGGCAUGGGAUGUGCUCGUGGCUGGAGGAGUAACGAGAAGAAGCAAUAUUACAGAAGAGGUUCUCCAGGAAUAUUUACAGACCUUAGCGCAGUGCUCUCCUGGAUUCAAGAAAAUAUGAGUAAUGACCUGAAAAUGAAAAGUUCCACAGCAUUUUGUAGCACUCAAGAUGGCAAACUCCCCAACAGUGAAGGAGAAUUACAUUUUCCUGGAAGUCCCGAGCAUUUCUAUCAAAACCAUCAAUUGUGUGUAUGGACUCUAUUUGUACCAGAAGGGAAUUAUAUAUUGCUUCGUUUUUCUCACUUUGAUAUAGAGCCGGAAACAUUUUGUGACUAUGAUUCUUUAUCAGUCUAUUCUAAAGAUGACAGACUUGUUGGGAAAUUCUGUGGAGGAGAUCUUCCGUUACCUAUUUUGAUUGGCUCCAAUAGUGUAAGGCUGAAAUUUGUGUCUGACAACAAGGAUUAUGGAACUGGGUUUUCCAUGACCUACAGAACUCUUGCGCCAGAUACUCUUCCUGAUUCUGGCUGUGAGUCCUUAGCUGUCCUUUUUGAAGAAGGAGUGCUACAAAGUAUGCACUAUCCAGAGCACUACAGCAACCUGGCAGAUUGUCAAUGGGUUGUUUGUGCACCAGACAACCAUGUAAUCAAGCUUACGUAUCAGUCUUUUGAAGUAGAAGAGAACGAAGAUUGCUCUUACGAUGCUGUGACCGUGUACGAAGAUGUAGGAAAAGAGGAGGAAAUUGCUAAGUCUUGUGGAUUUGCUCUACCAGCACCUGUUCUAAGCUCCUCUGGUAUGAUGCUGAUUGUCUUUCACUCUGACAAAACAGAGACCUUUGGAGGAUUCAGAGCUACAGUCUCUUUUGUUCAUGUAACAGAUUUAAAUACUUUGGAUUCAGAUAGUGAAGAAGAAUUGAAAGAUGUGGAUAUGACUGCAGAAGAAAUACAGAUUAUGACAGAUGAUAUUUGUGGACUGCCUUCAAAUCAGCCCAGGUUCCUCUUCAGUAGGAUAAUUGGAGGUGAAGAAGCUGUACCAUACUCAUGGCCUUGGCAAGUCAGCAUACAGAUUUCAGAUGAGCAUAUCUGUGGAGGAGCAGUUCUUGCCAAAGAAUGGGUUGUCACAGCUGCUCACUGCUUUAAUUCUAAGGAACAAUACAGAGACUUAUGGACAGUGGUCACAGGAAUUCACAAUCUUGCAGAGCAAGACUACAGACAGAAAAGGACAGUAAAGCAGUUUAUUAUACAUCCAAGUUUUAAUAAGACCACCAUGGACUGUGAUAUUGCCUUAGUGCGACUGGCCGAGCCCUUAGAAUUCAACCACUACGUGCGCCCGGUGUGCCUGCCUGCGAAGGAGGAGGCAGUUCAGCCCUCGAGGGUGUGCGUUGUCACAGGAUGGGGUGCACACGCAGGAGACAGAGAAAAGGGGAAAAAACUUCAUCAGCUUGAGGUCCCCAUCCUGGUGCUUGACACAUGUCAGAGCUAUUACAUAAACCUUCCCAGUAAAGUGACCCAGAAGAUGAUCUGCGCUGGGUUCCCUCUGGAAGAAGGCAAGGAUUCGUGCACAGGUGAUUCUGGCGGCCCAUUAGUUUGUCCUUCAGAAGAUGACUCUGGAUUUUACACCCUUAAUGGAAUCACUAGCUGGGGCUUGGGCUGUGGAAAGAAGAGCUACCCAGGAGUAUACACCAAUGUUGGUGUUUUUGUUGACUGGAUCAAGCAGAGUGUUAAUAGUAGUGAUCUCCCCAUUUUCAUGGUGUAACUGUCAAAACAGCAGUUCUGAUGGACAACGUUGUAAAACACUUCCAAAGCACAAGUAUCACUGAAAGCAAAACUUGGUGAGAGUGUAUUAGUUCAUGCUUGGUGAACAGAUUCCAGAGUAGCUGAUCCUUACUUCAGUGAAGUUAUUGAUUUACCUAAAUUGAGACUUUGGCCUUACAUGCGUGUUGUUGGGGCAGACAUAAGUUACUUGAAAUCUUCUGAAAGUCUGUCUGUAUUAAAAGAAAGGAGAGGGAGGAUAAACCAUCAUAUGCCAUGUGUUGAGCAUGUCCUUGAACACAGUACAGGAGGGUAUAAAAUACUGCAGAGAUGAAAUGAAAUAAGUACCCAUGUAAAACAGAACUGAAGGACUAGUCAGUCGUCCUUCCAUUAAGGUCAAUAGGAGUGUUACCUCUGACUCUGAGAGGACCUGGGCAGUGGCAGUAGUAGUGAAUUAUUGAGGAACAGAAGAACAUUGUGUAGUGAUUAGUGAUGUGAAUCAACGCAGUUGUUGGGAAAAGGGUAUUUUUAAUGCACCUAAAUGAUAGUCCUCAUGGGUCUGAUCUCACUGAUUUGGGUGUUACAAUACUCUUACCAGCUGAGAAACCUGGCCACUGGUGCCUGUGAUAAUGGUAACAGCUGCUCAAGCAAGGAAGCUGAAUUGCAGUGCAGUGUAAAAUACUCGUUUUUCUAGCUCUUUCUUAUAAUUCAUACUUUUUAUAAAAGCUAUCAAAUGCAGAGAAGGCAUAACAAGACAGAGAAGUUGUAACAGAGACGGCAGCUCCAAAACUGCUCAGGCUUUCAAGAUGUAAGGUAAACUCAGCAAUGACGAAGGGUCACUUGCAUGACCACCUUCUGGUCUGCCUGCACAGUGGAACUGCCUAUCAGUGCAAAGCCCCACAUAUUGGCUUCUGUAUUUUGAAAGACUUUCAUGGCUUGCUGUUAAGAUGAAAAUUCUCUGAUGGGUGUUUUCUAGACAUUAAACAACUUCUUUUGAACAUAGGGAAUUCUGUAUAGUAAGGACUGUACCGGGUGGAAAUAGUGACCUCAACCAUCUACACCUUUUCAGUAACUUGUCCACAAUCUGGGAUGUUUGGGAUAUGUUUCCUUUACUUGACCUAACCUUUCCCUUGCAUCAGCUGUGUGCCCACUUUAAUUCCAUUGGCUGCAAUAAUUCUGGUUGACUUAAAGAGAAGAGAAUCCAGUUCAUUGGGUUAAGUUUUAACUAUAAUUUUGUGAAGUCAGUAUUUCAUUGAAUGGUUUAAAAUCAGUUAUGUUCAUUGAUUUUAGAUCCUUUAAUCUUAUUUAGCAAUGGAACUGUUGACCGAGGUCUAAAUGAUGUCUGGAUGACUUGUCCAAUAUUUUAAUGUGUUGUGUUGCUGUGCCUGUAGGGAAUAUGAAAAUGACAGAGAUCUUUUGCAGAUGCCAAAUACUUGCGUUCAGGACUUCAGUAAUAAUCAUCAGAAUUUAACAGAUGUGUUGACAAAGCAGUAGGUGUUGGCUUGUUGUCCUCUGAUACAAAUCACUUUCCCUGCUCUGUUCCAAAUUUCUGGAUUGAAGAAAAGUUGAUGUUUUGAUUCAAAAUUAACAUCAGCUUUUCAAAUUGUUGGAGAAGUUGCAUGCAUUCAUUAAGUAAUGGAAACAGUCUCUAUUAUUUCCUAUUUUAACAAAUACCUUGUUGUUCAAACAGAUAAGUGUUUGAAAAUACAGGCAUUCCAGGCCAAGGGCCUCUGGUACCAUGCAAGAACUGACAAAUAUUCUAAUUAAACUAUAGGUAUAAUUAAGCAGGUACUGUGUAAUUCAUGCACUGUAACCUGAGCACGCUUAAAGGCAAAUAGCAGCUUGUUUUAUGCUGAAAUGGUUGCUUACACAAGAAAUUGUGAUGACAUGUUCCAGUUAUCUUUGCAAAUGGUGCUGUGCCUGGUCUUAGUGUUUAAAAACUCGAUCAGUGUGAUAGCACAAUAGGUAACUAAAGUCCUUUGACUCAAUGGUCUGGGAAAUAAAUAGAAUGGAAUUAAAAUAUCUCAUUUUGCUUUUGUUAAUAUUACUGGCAAAGUCUUCAGAGAUGCAUUUCCAGUACAGGAGUUUGGGGCCAGUAAUCCUAUUCUUUUGUUGAUAUUAGUUUAGAACUUCUGAUUUAUUUAAAUAUAUAAUUUUAUUCUGCAGCAAGAUAAAAAAAAAAAAGAACCUCUUUUCAUCUAAGUUUAUCCCAAAAUGAAUAUGGUAGGCCUCUUUGACUAGCUUUUUCUCUCCACUGCAAAGUUUCAGAAAAAAGCUCACAAAAAGAUCUGGGGAAUGUGCUUUCCGUGAAACUGUGAAAACACUUCCUGCUGGAAGGACUAUGGACAAAUUUAGAUAAGUUCCAAAGAGUAAGUGUAAGGCACAACUGUGUUAAAUUACUGGUAGAUUGUGCGUGUUCUUUCUUUGAAGAGGUCUGUAGAAAGGAAUAAUGGGAAAAUAACCUUUGUAAUUUUUCAUUGUGAAAGUUGACUGGUGUCCAACUAUAGUGGCAGUUGCUACUAGCAAAUGUUAUCGGUUUCACUUUGCUGGGAGCAGAUGUGUCUUAUCAGUUCGACCUGAUUCUGUUUUGCCUAACAGGAACACGAUGACUUAAAGUACCUGUAAAAUUUUUGUCUGCAUAUUAAUCUAAAACAAGGAUAUCAGUUGGUGUGUUCAGGUUUUAAAAAAGGAGGGGGAGGGGGGCAGCAGACUUGCAGGUGUAUCAGUUGGGCUAGUCCUGUUUAAUGUAGUGCAUAUGGGCUGAUAAAUUGAUGAUGUCACUUUAAAAAACUCCUUAACAAUAUUAACAAUACUGUCUUAGAUUAUUUAUAUGUGAUUUGAUUGUUAAGGUACUUACUUUUUGCUUGACUAUAUGAUGUUGACUUUUCAUAUUUCUCCUAGUAUGGCUUUACAGGUAGUCUGGUUUUGCUUUUGUUUGUUGUGUCUUUUCAGCCUUUUAUAAGCUGCCAGGACCUAUUAGUGGUACAACAAAUGUGAAAAGUUUUGUGAUGCAAAUACAAUCUGUUUAAAAAAUAAAAAACUACUUCCAAUGGAGUUCAUGUAAUGGAAUUGUAUUUUAGUUUUUACAAAAUCAACUUUGACUUGAUACUGUCUUUCAGGAAAAGUAGGCGAUCUCUGCUGGAAUAUGAAUGGGCUGGGAGACCUAGACACCCGUUUGCUACUACCAGAGUUAAGCUGGUGUCUAUUGCUCAGGCUUGAGCGAGCAGCAGAUACAUCUCUAUGCUAUACAAAUAUGUAGGAUGGUAGUUCCUAUUCUGUAUGCUUUUACAACCUAUUGUUUUUGCACAUAAUUUAUAAGACUUAAGAAAAAUAAAAGGAAGGAAUUUGGGACUUAAGAAGUUGGCAUUAAUAAUGUGCAUUCACAUAGCUAAUCUAUAUUCAUAGCAUGAUGUUUUGCAAAUGUAAUUCUUUUUGUGCAAAAUGCGCAAGGAUUUGAAAGAUAUAAGGCAGGUACUUACACCUCACAGUGUAUUGCAUUACCGUUGAUCACUGUGUAAGAAAGGCAUUUGGCACAUGCCACAAUGGAUUAUGGAUUUGAUUUAUUUGAAUGGAUGCUUGGGAAGUGUUGCUAGCGUAAAAGAAGUUAUGUGAAAAAAAUACUCAGGAAAACUGUUAAAAAUGUGUGUAUAUAACUAGAACUUCUCAUACACAAUGACCAGAACCUGAUUCCCAUGUAUACAAAGUCAACUCUGCCCCACUUUAAUUACUUACAGUUGCAUGAGAUGUUUCUUAACCCCACAGUCAAAAGGCGGGGUACUAGUUUCAAAAGCAAAUGAGGUUCCCCGAGUGCUUAAAAUCUAGAUAAAAAUCUUCUUCUCUUGGCAUAUAAUGGUGAAAUGUCUUUUUUUUGUAACAUUGUAUGGAAGCAAAUGAAGGCUCAUUGCGUUGUUCACUGGCACUGCACUUCACAAAAUAUUUAGAAUAAAAGUUUAUGUACAAAAAAAAAAAUCUUGUUCUGACCUUUAGUUAACACAAGUAUCUGUGACCAAAAGUUUUCCUGCUGAGAAACUGUAGGCCUGCUCUGUACCUGUUCGUGCAUGUGCAUGUGCAUGCUGGGAGUCCAAACACAUUGCUGGUGAUACACCUUCUAGAUAGCAUUUGCAGGUUUAGUUAUUAAAACAUUUUCGUAAUUUUCGUUGGAAAGGGGAGAUCUUCAUCAAAAAUAGAGAUUAUAUGUUCAUUGUUAAAGCAGGUCCGGGAAUAGUACAGAAAAGCAAGUAAUUGUUGCCUCAAAUUUAAAUUCUGGCUAUAUAGCCUGACAGAAGAUGUUAAAAACACUGUUGAUCUUGGACUUUAUGGCAUUAUCUGUGUGAAUUCACUUGUUCCAUAAUUCCUUACUUUGUCAUCUCCUCCUUUUCCUGCCUAGGACAGCAAAGCUACUUACUGCAUCAUGCAUCAUACUGCUCCUGGUUGCUUGUGCUCUCGUGACCUCUCCAAUGAAGCCAGAGGAGCAAUAGCAGAGCAGCAUCCUAUCUUUCCUUAGAUGGACUCUCUCUGAAAUUUUCAAAAAGGCCAUGUGGCUUUUUGCCACACGGGUAUACAGUAGCAUCACUGAGGAAAGCUGCUGCCAGCUGUACCAUUACCUUAUUGUAAGAAAAUACAAGGUCAUAGCACCUCCGUGGGAGAAUCUAGUACCUGUAAUCAUGGAAAAUGGGUCAUUCAGGCCUGGAGUUCCUGGGCUCAGCUGUGAUAUUCUGA